AUGAAUAAUAAAUCAUAUUAUUCAAUAAUUGCAUUUAUAAUAUCAUAUCAAUUAUUAAUAUGGUUAUCAUUAUAUCAUUAUAUUCCACAACAACCAUCAGCUGGUAAUCAAUUUAUAGUUGAUUUAUUAAUUGGAAUCUUAAUAUCAAUUGUUACUUAUAUCAUUUAUUUCAUUCAUGCAAUUAUAAAAGAAUCAAAUCAUUUUAUACCAAAAUUGGAUUUAUUUGAUUUAUUUUUAUAUCCAAUUUUCAAAGAAUUAAUUAAAUUAUUAAUCAUUGUUUAUAAAUAUCAAAAUGAUAUUACUUUAUAUAAUAUCUAUUUCAUAUCUUUGGGGUACUAUCUAAGUAAUAGUCAAAUUUAUUAUUAUUCACCAAACAACUAUAAAUCAACUUAUCAUCAAUUUUUAAAAUUAUAUGAUAUAUGGUUAUAUCAAGAUCAAUAUAAAUAUAAUUAUCAUAAUAAUCAACAAGAAAUACAAUACUUAAUUAAUAAUAUAUUAGAUGAUGACGAUUAUUCAACAGUAAGUACCAAUAGAAAUUCAAUAUGCACUCAUGAUUCUCAAAAAACGUUAUAUUCAACCAAUUCAUUAACACCACCCAAGAAAUUAACUGGUAAGAAAUUACCUAUUGAAUUUAAUCUACAUAAUAAUAAUAAUAAUAAUCAAGAUGUACAUCUACUACCCCAUGAAUCACCUAAAUUUCAAGCAACCCCCAUGGAUAUUUCAAAAAGUAUAGAAACCGUUUCAACAAUAAAUACCCUCAAAGAUUAUCAAUCAUGUUCAAAUUUCGUGGAUAAAUUAUAUUCAGUGUCCCCCAGAAAUACAUAUCAUUUAAAUACAGCAACUGCAAUUGCAACAUUUGAAGAUUUCGGUAGAGAAGAUCAACAUAGUUCAGAUACGGUGAUAUAUACCAAAAUUAACAAACCUGAACAAGAGGAAACUUAUGAAAAUAUAAAUCAUCACUUAGAUGAAGAUACAUCUUCUAUAAAUACAAAAGGAACCCAUUUUGGUGGAGGUGGAGGUGGGAAUUUUAAAUUGAAAUUACCCGGCGGGACCAAGAUUGAAUUUGGAGGUGGAGCAGGUGGAGAUUAUUCUCAUGAAGAUCCCCAUAGUAGUUCAACCACUCCAAUAUCACCCUCGACUUCAUCUACUCCUCAUAAUAAUAGAAUAAUCAAGUUUAUAAACUGGUUUAAGUGGUUAUUACCUCCAUUAUUACCAAUUGGAGAAGAUUCAACCACAACCACCAACAAUCUUGCCCAAUUUCAAGGAGAACGAUAUCCAUUACUAAAACAUAGAUUAUCAACCUAUAAUCUCCACCACAAUUCUGAGUUUACAACUUCUCCGUCAAAUUUAGAGACUGGAGGAUUGGCAGAAUUCAAACCCCACCUUGAUCGAUUUAUCAAAUUUAGAUAUUUCAUUUUAUAUAAUUAUAAUUUUGUCAUUGGACAAUUAACUUCGAGGAUAAAAGUAGAUCCGGUGUUUAAGAGAUUUGGACAAUUGAUUGAGGAUAUGAAUGCUUGGAUAUUGGGAUUGAAUGAGAUGAAUGAAUUCAUAUGGGAAUUGAUUGUUUUCGGGGUGUUUGGAUAUUUGAGGAAUUAUUAUUAUUUGGUGGCGAUGAUAUUGAUUGGGAGAUUGUAUAAGGAUAAUUAUUUGUUUUUUGGGGAGAAUCGGUUUGAUUAUAGGUUUGCGGUUUUGAGUGAACUGAUGAUUGGAGUGUGGUUUGGUGUGGGGUGUGUAUAUUUGUAUUUAGCUUAG